AUCUUUGACCUUGGGUUGAGUUGGCGUGGCGACUGCGUCAACCGUCACUGCCUCAACCAUCACUGCCUCCGAUCACGACUAAUUCUGAUUUUCAAAAUACAUCUUUGAAGUCGCCAACAACACUCAAUCUCUUUUGUCCUUUCUUCUAAAACAAAAGUUUCUCCUCUCUGUGUGUGCCGCUUUGGAUGUACGUCAACGAAAGAUGGACAAACCAUUCACCGGAAAUUAUUGCAUUCCACUCUGAGAGCAGAAUCAGUGAAAUUACUGAACAACUUGAUAUCGAACGAAAUCUCAAUCCAAAAUCCAACGUAGAUUUGUGUCUAGGUCGAUAUAUUUACAUUCAUGAUCUCCCGGCUCGAUUCAACGAAGAAAUUCUCAAGAACUGUCAUUUGAUUUCAAGAAAAACUGAUAAGUUUGAUAUGUGUCAAGCCAUAGAAAACUCGGGCUUCGGUCAUCAAAUUGAAAAUUCUUCAGAGGUUUUAUCAAACACAAGCUGGUUUUCUACUAACCAAUUCAUGUUGGAAGUGAUAUUCCAUAAUAGGAUGAAGAAGUAUGAAUGCUUAACCAACGAUUCAUCAAUGGCAUCAGCAAUUUAUGUACCAUUCUAUGCCGGUCUAGAUCUGAGGCGCUAUCUUUGGGGAUUUAAAGCAUCAGUGAGAGAUUCAUCCGGUCUUCGUCUCGUCAAGUGGCUGGCAGAAAAACCUGAAUGGAAAAAAAUGUGGGGUGGAGACCAUUUCUUGGUUUCCGGAAGGAUUUCUCGGGAUUUCAGGAGACAAUCAAAUAGCAACUAUGAUUGGGGUAGCAAGUUCAGAUUUUUGCCAGAAUCUGAGAAUAUUUCAAUGUUGACAAUUGAAUCAAGCUCGGGGAACAACGACUUUGCAAUACCGUACCCAACAUAUUUUCAUCCUUCAAAGGCCAGUGAGGUAUUUCAAUGGCAGGAAAGAAUGAAAAGACAGAAGCGACAGUAUUUGUUCUCUUUUGCAGGCGCCCCGCGAUCCAGACAAAAAGGCUCAAUCCGGGCUAAUAUUAUCGACCAAUGCAAAACUUCAAGUCAAUCAUGUAAAUUGGUAGAUUGUACUAAUGGGACCACCAAUUGCGACAACGCCAUUGAUGUUAUGAAGGUGUUUGAAAGCUCAGUUUUCUGCAUGCAGCCUCCUGGAGAUUCAUUUACAAGAAGAUCGAUAUUCGAUUCCAUGUUGGCUGGGUGUAUUCCAGUUUUUUUCCAUCCGGAUUCAGCUUACACGCAAUACACAUGGCAUUUGCCUAAGAAUUAUUCAAAGUAUUCUAUAUUUAUGCCAGGGGAACUACUGAGGGAUAGGAAGUUCAGGAUUGAAGACAGGCUACUUCAAGUUUCAAAGGAAGAAGUAGUAGCGAUGAGAGAGGAAGUUGUAAAGCUAAUUCCAAGGAUAAUAUAUGCAAAUUAUAGGUCUAAAUUAGAGAGAAUUGAAGAUGCAUUUGAUUUAGCGGUGAAAGGAAUUCUUGAGAGAAUAGAGACAAUUCGUAAGGGUGAAAAAAUUGAAUGACUUGAAGUUCAAACUCUCAGACAAAAAAAAUGUUGCAGAAAUAAAACAACAGCAAGGAAAGUCAUAAUUCAUUGAAUUGAAUCUGUAUGCAUCCAAAAGAUAUGCUAAUUUAUUUUUUAUUAUAAUUUAGUAUAUUUUUAAAAAAAUAUUAAUGAGGUCUGUCUUCCUUUCUUA